AUUACUUGAUAGAUAAGGAGAAAAUUGAAAUUGUACUUGUGGCGUCAUGAUUUAGGGUUUUAGCGAUGAAAGUCUACAAUUAUUUACUUUCUUCAGUCUUUAACAGUGUUCUCGACUAAGCAAGUAAAGUUUUUCACCAAGUGUAAAUCUGUUUUGCCUCUAUUUAUUUCAAGAAAGUCAGAGUCUUAGUGCCUCCAUCCUGUAGUGCAGCUCCCACCUUAUGUGAUAUCAGUUCUCCAUCCAUAACCAUAAGUUUCUUCUGUUUUUGAUUUUGCCGAUCAGACAACUACUCAAAAUGUCAGGUGUUUCGCUACUCAAGGAAGAUAUUGAACUCGGUGAAGACACCAUUACAAAUGAUUUUUAUUAUAAGAACAAUGUCAGCAAUGCUAGUGUCAACGUCCGCCUCGGAUUUUUACGGAAAGUCUACAGUUUGCUGUUAAUCCAGCUUCUAGCCACAAUUUCUGUCGGUGUUGCCUUUACCUUCAAUGCAAAAAUCAGACUGUAUGUCCACAACAAUGACUGGUUGGUCUCAUUGACAUUUUUGUUCGCUGUUAUUAUUUUGAUUGCUCUACACAUCAAUCGAAAGUCUCAUCCUUUGAAUUUAAUUCUUCUAGCAGCAUUUACUGUUGUUGAAGCUACAACUCUAUCUGUUGUGAUAACGUUUUAUGACCUGCAAGUUGUGUUGCAAGCCCUGGUUUUGACUUUUGUUGUCGUAACGAGUUUGACGGCAUUCACAUUCCAAACCAAGAGAGACUUUUCAGCUAUUGGACUUGGAUUAUUUGCCGCUUUAUUGAUCCUGGUUAUUGCCUCCUUCCUACAACUAAUCUUGGGCAGCACGUUCCUAGAAUUCCUCAUCGCUGCUGGAGGAGCUUUACUGUUUUCUCUAUUCAUCAUUUAUGACACUCAGAUGAUGAUGACUAAAGUGUCUCCUGAAGAGUACAUCCUUGCAACAAUCAACCUCUACCUCGACAUUAUUAAUUUGUUCAUGCAUUUGCUUCACCUGCUGGAAGUCAUCCGUCGUUGAUUCCUCUUCAUGCAGUCCGCACUGUGAUCCAGUGCACUUUUUCAGCAUAUAUCAUCGCACAAAGGUCCUUAGAACUUAUUGCACUACCCCAGAAAGAUAAGUUUGUUUCCUAUUUUCUUGUUUGAGGUAUGUAUUACAGCUUUCGCACUUUGUUAUUGCCUGAAUUGAAGAGUUCAUGUCACUGUUAUCUAACAGUAUUUUUUACUCCUUUGCAAAGAAGUGUUUUGAUAUUUAGCCUUUACAAAAUCAUUUAUCCACUAAAGUACUUUGUUACCUUAUAAUUUGAUGCAUUAAUGUAUCCAAAAAGAUACAAUCAUUGUUGCCUUGAAUUGAUCAUAAAUUUUAA